GCAGAGAAACGAAACUCAUCACAAGACUUGUAUGCGGAGUGUUGUAAAUGCGUAGUCAAAUUUCUGUUUAGAAUAAAACUAACGUUCGCCAUCGGUUAUUUGCUAAAUUGUAGAAUGAAUUCACUGAAGGUGUUGGCUGAUGUAUGGACAAAGCCGACUUCGAUCUAAUUGGUUCGGUGUCUGCGAAGAUAAUGAAACAUCGUAUAAUUGUAUGCAUUUAAGAUCAUCUCCAUUGUGAAAUACACCAAGAUAGCAAAGCACAUACAUACACAGAAUAUAAUCCUUUGUCGUCACAAAUAUCACAUAGUAAAGUAUCAUUAUAUUGAUGUUAAGCAACUAACAUUACAGGUAACUUCCAAAGUAAAAGAGGGAUACAAAGUAUAAUGAAAGCAGAUGCUUCCACACAGGUGUGGUUCCUGAGUUAAUUGAGCAAUUAACAUCCCAUCAUGCUUAGGGUCAUAUAAAAAAUCCCCAGUUGCCUAUUAUUUUGGCUAGAAGAAGAGAGCUCAGUGACUUUGAGGUUAGGUUUGAGGUUAUGGUUAGGGAAAAUAGGAUUUUGAAGGGGAGUCAAAUAUGUCCCCACAGCAGGCAUGGGAGCUGGUUCCAGUCAACCCAGUGAGAAUGAUGAGCAGUCCAUCGUACCCCAGCAGGACAGGAGAAAGACCUCUAACAGGAGACACUCUGAGGAAACACUGGACUGCCCAACCUGCCAGGGUACGGGCCGCAUCCCACGAGGCCAGGAGAGCAAAUUGGUGGCAGUGAUCCCCUGCUCCGAUCAGAGGCUGAAACCACGACACACGAAGUUGUAUGUCACUGUGUCAGUGACGCUGUGCCUGCUGGUCAGCUCGCUGGUCCUCUUCUUCUUGUUUCCUCGCAGUGUUAUCCUCUCACCUGUGGCUGUCAAGUCUGUCUAUGUUUACUUCACCCCGACCACUGUCCAAAUGAACAUCACGAACAUCCUGAAUAUUACCAAUGACAACUUCUUUACAGUUCAGGCCUACAACUUGACAGUGCAGGCUCUUUUUGAUAAAACGGUUGUGGGCAAGGCUGAUAUGAAAAAUGUCACCACUGUCAAACCACUCACCGACAAAACGUUUGCCUUUGAGAUUCCUGUCACGCUAGUGGAGGAGGGUCUGAACAAUUACUGCAAGAAAUCUACGAUCAAGAUCCACACGUUAUUUGUCCAUCUUCAGAUGUCAAUGACUGUCUACUACCUGGCCCACUUUGAGCAGCUUUCCCUGGACACGUUUGAAUACGUCGACUGUGGGUCUAACACCACAACACCCCACCUCAUCAACCCUACACCCUGAGACCAAGGGCUCCAUGAGUGGCGGGAUGACUGAGGAGUAGGCCAUGAGGUGAACUGUGUGGUCAAAAGCCAUAGUUGUUUUUUUUCUUGAAAAAUGCAAAUGUCCCUCAAGUUAUGGGGAAGAAAGAAACUACAAAAAUGUGGAGCUUGAAAUUAAAAUUAAAGCUCUGAAAUGUUAUGUUUGUCUUUCCUAUGCACCUCUGUUGCACUUGCUUUUUAAGUAGGGUCAUUGCUGUGGUUGGAGGCUCUGCGCUGUGAAAAGUACUUUUUUUUUGCCACAUCCUACUGAAGGCUACUCUGUUGUCUUCAAAGAAACUGAAAGACUUGAGUGGACUACACAUUUGCACACAUUUUUGAAGGAGUAAUUUAGAUAUUAUAUUUUUGCAUAAUUUCUUAUAAAACAGAUUGUCGGUGCACUUCUACAAACAAGUAAAUUACUUUUGUAUGCGUUUUAAUUUGUUAAAGUAGGUAAAACCAUUUAGUAUUCUUAAAUGUAUGCAACUAUGUAGCAUUUAUCACAUAAUGACUGUGGUAGAGACCAUUUAGAACAUUUCUAUGGCUUAACAUCAGAAUUACAGUUCUGUCUUUGAUUUGUACACCAUUGGGAUUGACUACAGACCACACAUUUGUAUGUUAAACCAUAAUCUCUAAUUGUAUGCUAAUUCUAACAGCUAUAACAAGAUCUGGAUAUUAAUUCACCUAUGGUUUUUGUGUCACUGAAAUGGGAUUAUUGGGGUGGGGGGGAAAGGUUGUUAGGAAUCCACAUGGACUAGUAGUGUCACCAUGGGGUUUUUUGGAAUGUGGAAGCUAACUAAUUUACUCCCUUGUUCUUGCACUACAGCAUAAUCAUGGCAAUGUUUUCUGUGCCCUGUUCAAAUACUCAAUCUUUACUUCCUCUAUUCCUUGAAUUAAUGGUUUUAGUGCAUUGUUUUCACCUUUGUCAGAUCAGUGAAAUAAGUAAUAGAAUACAGUAUUGAAUACUUUAAAAUAUCUUCUUUUUUUUUCAGGCUUUGUGAUUCCACCUUCCUUGUUUGGUCACAUGAUUCAAGGGUGUCGUACUUUGAAAUGGCCACUGAGUGGUGCUGAAGUUGCACAGAUAGUUGGGUGCAGUCCAUAUUAGUCUUCACCAAUAACUGGAUAUGGGUUCUUCACCACUGCUGGGAAUACUGUAUGGACAAAAGUAGAGAAAUAAAAACAAACCUAUAA